AUGUGUGAAGAUAACACGCUUUCAGGACCCGGUAUCACCAAUAGUGCAUGGUCAGUCUUUCCGACUCACUGGCCUGUCCUCCUGCCAGACAAUGACAAUUUUACAAACGUCACCAGCCGGCGGUCCCAUGGCCAAGUAUAUCUUUUGCGGUAUUGUUUGGUCAGCAUAGACCGUAUAUCGCGAACCGAUUACGUCGUCGACAACGAGUACAUCCUCGCCCAAAGAUUCGACAAUCACUUCGACCGAAAUGCUAUCAGCUACCGCAUCAGCAGUACCAAUGACCUCCACAAGCGACCUCCCUCCCAAAAGUACAUCGGAAGCAGGCUCCGGUUCUAG